AUGAAUCAACAGAUGAAGAGUUACAGGCAGAACAAGAAGUUGCAACAUAGGUUACGACACCAACUACAACAACAGAAACUGCUCAGGAUUCCGGUCAGGAUUCAGACAGACAACAGGAGAACCAGAAGCACUCAAAGAAUUGAUUAUCGAGAAUUGGACGGCUACACAUGUUACAUCUCUCUUAUUGAACCAAAGAAUAUCAAAGAAGCUUUAGUUGAUGAAUACUGGAUGGCUGCAAUGCAAGAAGAAUUGAAUCAGUUUGUUCGAAAUGAUGCGUGGACAUUGGUCCCAAGGACAAAGGAUGUGAAUGGCUGCAACUUCUCUUUUCUUUUUCCCCUCCUUCUCCCUUUUCCUCUCUUUCUCCUUCGCGCCGUCACCUCCUGGACCACCACAAUCUCUCCAUUACUAAAUCGCCCCAUUCCGGAGAGUUUCACUGUCGGCCGACAUCCUAGGCCCUUAUUCAGGCGUCAACACGAAACUCUCCUACCUCAAGAAAUAGAGACUCAAGGUUCGGAAACCCAUUCUGCAUUUAGAGAUCCUUUGUCGCUGGCAAAGAAUGGGUUAAAGAAUUUAUUUGUCAACGAAGUACGCUGCUGGGUCACUUCUUUGAUGAUCGAUACUGCCACUAUUCAAAGGUGAGAGAAGCUCACUAGCUCAAGACAAUUUCAUAUUGG